AUGCUCGAGAUACACGUGAACGAGCUGAGCGACGUGGUAGACCGCUACGUGGUCGUCGAGUCCAACAACACCUUCUUCGGCGAUGCUAAGCCGCUUCACCUGCAGUCGAACCUGAAUGCCGGCUUUCUGGGUGAGCACGCGCACAAGAUCGUGCCGCUGACAGUGGGCGAGCUCAGGUGCAACGGCUGCGAUCCGUUUUGGCCGGAGAACCACAGCCGCAACGCUACCUGGCUCGAGGGCAAGCGGUGGCUAGGAAAUGUCUCGGACGACGACCUCUUCUUGUUGACCGACGUCGACGAGAUACCGAACCGCGACGUCGUGCUCUUCCUGAAGCACCACGAUGGCUACGGAGAGCCGAUCGGCCUGACCUUGCGCUGGUUCCUCUACGGCUUCUUCUGGGAGCGCAGGAGCGCGCUGCACGUGUACGCCGCGUGCACUGUCGGCUUCCUGCGCGCCGCCGGCGCGAACGAUCUCGUGACACUGCGUCAGGGCAGGAGUCCCGUCCCCAAGACGAUGCCUGCUGGCACGGGUACGGUGGCCCACCAGUGGGUCAUCGAAGGAGCACGGCCACGCUUCGCCGGCUGGCACUGUUCGUGGUGUUUCAACGCCCAAGGCAUACAGUACAAGCUCACUUCGGCGCAGCGGGACGAUGGUGUGCGGUGGGGUGACUUGGCCGAGAACACGGACUUGGCGUACAUCGAGUCCCUGAGAAAGAGCGGACGGUUCUUCGAUGAGCGGCAGUGGACCGUCAGCGCGGACGGCUAUGACGCAGCUCCGGCCCACGUGAUCAAAAACAAGAAGCGACUUCUGUACCUGCUGGAACCGUAA